AUGAAUCGAGCAAGUUGUUUUUUAUUUUUGUUUCUUAUUGUCUUAUCAACAACAACAAAUAUCGAAGACGAUUCUCAUGAUGAUAUUGAAUUGAAAAGCGACAUGCCAAAUGUCUGUUCAAAAAUUGAAACUCAUACUAUAACUAAACUUGUGCCAUGUCUUAAAAGUUAUGAUCAUUUUGUUAAAGUAUGGUCACGCAAUUGUUCUAAUGGUCGUCGUAUAUGUCCAGUAUAUGAACACAGAACGGAAUAUUAUCGAAGUGAACAAACAGUAACAAAAGAAGUAAAUGUGACCAUCUAUCAUUGUUGUCUUGGAUGGACACGUCUCAUUCAUGAUUAUGGUUGUCCUAUUGCAAUGCAACCAAAUCGAGUGCAACGAAAAAUUCCUUUACGACAUGAAUAUUCUCAUCAAUUAGAUUCAAUUAAUAAUCGUUGUCCACAUAAUCGUUUUGGUAUUCAUUGUGAAUAUUCAUGUUCUCAAUGUAUCUUUGGCACAUGUAAUUGGCGUAUGAGAAUAUGUGAUUGUCAAUCGGGUUUUACUGGAGUAUUUUGUAAUCAAACAACAAUGAUUGAAAGAAAUAUAAUUGAUGGAACACAUCGAUGCCAAUUAUGUCAUAAAGGAAAUACGGCUUCGUGCCAUAUGGAAGUAGAUUGUCCAACUAAUUAUUAUGGUCGUGAUUGUAUACAUCGAUGUUUAUGUCAAAAUGGAGGAAUAUGUGAUUCACGUGAUGGUCAUUGCUUUUGUUUAUCGGGUUUCACAGGUAGUCGAUGUGAAUCUUCAUGUUCACCUGGUACUUUUGGACAUAUGUGUUUGCAAAAAUGUCAAUGUACAGGAGAUAAUGUUUGUCAUCCACGAACAGGAGAAUGCAACUCAUUACCUUGUAAUGGUGAUUCAAAAUGUUUAUUUGAACAACAAAGAAAAAAAUCUUUAAUAUCUUCUUGUCCAGAAGGUUAUUAUGGUCCACCUAGUUGUCGUCAAAAAUGCAUGUGUAUGAAUAAUGCUCAAUGUGAACCAUUGUCAGGUCGUUGUCUAUGUCAUUCGGGUCAUGCUGGACGAUAUUGUGAACGAUCUUGUGAACGUGGUUGGUAUGGUCCUGGAUGCAUUCAUCGAUGUACUUGUCAUAGUGGAGCAACAUGUGAUUCACGUACAGGAGCUUGUCUCUGUGGACUGGGUAUAACAGGAAAAUUAUGCGAUCAAGAAUGUCCCGAAGGAACAUUUGGUCGCAAUUGUUCAGAAAUAUGUCAGUGUAAAAAUAGUGCUCAAUGUAAUAAAAUUACAGGUUGUUGUACUUGUUCUAUUGGAUAUUAUGGUUCGACUUGUCAAUUUGAUUGUCGACCAUUUACAUAUGGAUAUUAUUGUUCUCAUACAUGCAAUUGUUCAACAGAAACAUCAGAUGGCUGUGAUCCAAAAACGGGUAAAUGUCAAUGUAAAACUGGUUUUCAUGGUGAUCGAUGUGAAAUCGCAUGUCCCUUAGGACAAUGGGGUGAUGAAUGUUUAAAUAAAUGCGAUUGUAAUGGAAAUUCAUGUAAUUCUCAAACUGGUAUUUGUGAGUGUCCAGCUGGUCGAACUGGUGUUCGAUGUGAAGAAGAUUGUCCCACAAAUACAUAUGGUAUCGGUUGUAAACCAUGUUCAUGUCAAUCAUUUCAAUUGUGCGAUGUUGUAACAGGUGAAUGUAAAUGUCCAUCUGGUUGGAAAGGUGAUGCUUGUCAAUUUCCAUUAACAGCAAAUGGACCUGAUAUGCCGGAUAGAGGCGAUAUGUAUAAGAAAGAUGCUUAA